UAUUGUCUCGCGAGCUUGUCCGAAGUUCCACCUCUCUUAUUCCAGCAUGGCCGUGCUGUACGAGGGGUACACGUUGUGUGGACUAGUUCUAUCCCAAAAUUCAACAAAGUCCGGCAUUCAGGGCAUCGAACCGGAGAGAGAUAGCGACCAUGUAAUCGUCAGUGACGUCUUCAGAUCAGUUACUCUUUAUAAGGUUUCAGACCAAAAGCCACUGGGGAGCUGGACUGUCAAACAAGGCAGUUGUUUGACCUCUCCAGCAAUUUAUAACACUCAAACUAAAGAAUAUGUAGCAGUAACAGACAAUAAGGUGAUCAGAAUCUGGAAGGAAGAUGAUGAUCUCUUGGACAAAACAUUUAAAGCUACUGUGUCGUCUGACAUCUGGAGGGUCCACUGCGUUGCUGGAGAAGAUCCCGUGGUCUUGUUUCAGAGAGGAGCUGUGAGACUCCUAGAUUCUCUUCUCGCAACUCCUCAGCAAACAGUCGAGGAAGUCCUGGCUCCAGAUGAAACCAUCAGGUGGAGCACCAACAUAGUGGCAGAAACCCAGCAGUUUGUCAUCUUCACAACAGAAAAGAAAGGGGACCAUUUUUUGUACCUGCUGAAAGUGAAGCCAAACAUACUGCAGAAGUACCAGUUGGAGCGAGAAGACGCCAGCCUUUCGCCUCUUAGCUUCUCUGCAUCCUACAGAGAUGAACUCAUCCAUCUGCUUUACCUCUAUCCUAAUGGACACAUGUACCAGAGUGUGAUCUCUGUGUGGGGCCCUGGGCGUGAUGAGGACUCUCAAACCAUUUCACUGCCCCGUAAUCUGCUCCUGGCUCUUUCGGUUGAUGAAGACCGGCUGGUUGCAGCUAAUGCUGUCUUCUUAGAUGAAGCCCAUGUCGCUGUGGUUGGCGUUCCGCACCCCUCGGCCGGAACUGGUAAAGAUUUCCUCUGCAUUUGGAAUAUCAAUUUCCAGACACUUCAAGCAGGGAAAGAAAUUGUGGGUAAAAUCUUUGGACAGCUCUGGUGUUAUUCCAACAAGAUCUUCAUUCCACAUGGUAAAUGCCUGUCUGUUAUUCCAUACGGAUGCACCAAAUCUUCACUCGCUUCUGCUUUGGGCAAAUUGAAGCAGUCCAAGACUGAAGAAUCCAGACCACUGGUGUCAGUGCCUUCAUGGAACAACAUUUUACAUGAAGAGGAAACCCAGUCCUCGAGAACAGUAGAGACCAGGACUUUGAGAACCUCAAGUAGGAGUCAGUCAUCCCGCAGUUUAACAGUUGAGCAAGUUCUUGAGCUCAUCAAGACCGCAUCAGUCGAGGAAGUGCAGAAAAUUCUGCAUCGCCUCUUGUCCAGAAGAGCCAUCCAAGACCUGAAUCAGUCAUUGGGCCAGCUGGCAUCGUCUCUGGUGUCCCGCAGCUUGGCAGAUGCUACCUUCUACACGCCGACCACGCUGGCGCAGCUAGUACACAGCCAAUUUCUCUGCCACAGCAUGUGCCCUGACCUCGUGCAGCUAGCCCUUAAAAAGAAGGAUUACUUCCUGUGUCAACUCUGCUUACACUUUUUCCCUGACAUCCCAGAAGCUGUCACCUGCACCUGCCUGAAGGCCUUCAUUAGUAUGACAGACAGUGAUGCAGAAAAAGUGGAGCCGGAGCCUGACAGUGUCUCCUUCAUGGAAACUCUGACCUCCAGGGAGCACAGUCAGGUUGGCUUGCAGAAUGGGUCUAGGUCGUCUUUGGAGGACCACUCGAAUGUCACAAUGACAACAGCGGAAAAUAGGAACGCAACGUGGGAAGAACUAAGCUGUCCAGUUGUCUUACAGAAAGCUGUUUUACUAAAUGAGGUCUUACAGAUGGCAUUCAGCGAUGACCUCCUUCUCCCCCAUUUGAAAGAUCUUUCAUCACAACAUGUUUUCAUCUUCCUCCAGUAUCUGCACUUCCUCUACCUGCAAUAUAACAAAGAAACGUCUCUUCUGAAUCACACCUUCCGAGCGCCCAGUGUGACACAGAUUAUGGAUUGGGUUGGUUUAUUGUUGGAUGCUCAUUUCACAGUUCUAGUCAUGACCCCAGAGGCCAAAGGCCUUCUGGUAAACCUCUACAACUUAAUUAAGUCUCAGGUGAAACUAUAUUCUGAACUUGGACAACUUGAGGGAGGUCUCAAACACCUCAAAGACUUGAAGAUAGAACAAGAUAAAAGACAAUAUUCUAUUGAGGUUAUUGAGUUAUUUUAGGUUUCUGUGUAAUGCUUUUUAAGUAACUAAUUAUCAUGCCUCUCCAGAUUUUAACCUGAAGCCGGUUUUAUGUCCAAAAGCUAGCCACCAGAACUCAAUUUGUAUAAAGAUUCAGUGCAUUUGUUUGGGGGGGAAAAAUGUCGAUGAUGGAUUUAAAUUGUGUUUUCAUUUAUUGUAGACCAUUAAGUUGUAUUGCAUGUCAUCUUUAUUUGCAUUUUUUUAAUGGAAUCAAUCUGGAUAUUAUCUUAAAAUGUUUUUGUACGUGGCCUAAGCUGUCAGGGGAGGCAGUCUGUAUGUGAAGAGUUGGAGAAAAAAGUACUAAUGAUAGGCUUCUAUAAAGUUAUUUUGUUUUAGUUCUCUGGUCUGUCCUUUUAUAUUGACUUUGUUUUUUAAUCCAAACGUGCCAAAAAUUUCGUAGUGAGAAAUGCUGAACUUUCCUUUUUCCUCAUCGAAAUACAUGGACUUCUUGUGCAUUAGCAAAUCGUCAACCUCAUUUUAACAUUGUGCAAACCUUCAUGAACAGUGAUAAUUACACAGUGCAAUACCACCAUCUAUUGGUAAAUCUUUUGCACAACAACAAGAAGCCUAUCUGCAAGCACCUGUUCUGUCUCUGCGCAUCUCCAAUGUUUCCAGACACAUAUAAAUGUUAUAAUUUUCAGAA